AUGGCCGACAACGCUCUUCCGAACCCCAAACGCUACAUUACCGACAACGACGAUGACGGCAACUCCUUCUUCUCCAACACCGUCAACGAGUCCCUUCCCGUCGUGAACGAUGUCGGUGGUGCCCUCAUGCGUCUGGGCUAUACCACCGACAGGCCGCCCGUGGUGCUCACUAAUGGCACCGACCUCCAGCUCUACGAGACCUCGCUCAACGAGCUUCCUCCGCUGGUCACUCAGGGUGGCGGGGCCAAUGUUUGGUACAUCGAUACGCCCCCAGACUCGGAGAGUCCCCUGCAUCGGACGGUGAGCCUGGAUUUUGUCAUCCAGGUCGCGGGCGAGAUCGAACUCACCCUGUCCUCUGGAGAGACACGCAUCAUCAAGCCCGGGGACUUGACAAUUCAGCGAUCUACUCUGCACAAAUGGCGGAAUCCCAGCAAAACACAGUGGUCUCGCAUGGUUGGGGUCAUGUCAGCGUGCCAACCCGUCGUCACCAGGAAUGGAACUUGGGGCGCGGAAUUUCCGAAGCAUUGA